GAGUAUGAUACAACCCUGGUUUCUCUCUUGGUGUUCAACAAUUGCGGCAAGCUCUCUGAGACACCAUUUGCUAUCAGCAUAAUUCUUCGAGAAGAUUGGAACGUAGAUUUUGGAUUGCUCGAUCGCCUUGACGAGAUUGGGCCAUAUCCCUUCCCCUUUCCGGAGCUCAUCAUCAUCCUUGAAUGUACGGAUUUUCAAGUUAACAAGAAACCGAUAAAGGAUAUCAGUAAUCUGAUAACGAGUGUCCGGACCUCUGAAAUUCAAGAACACCUCGUACUCUCCCCAUGGCAAGGAUUGGGAACUAGAAUAAGCAGAGUCGGAAGCAGAAGUAGAAGCAGCACCAUCCCAUUGCGCUGCACUGUAUGUUUUCUGUUUCUUGUUCUUUCCAAACGGAUCAUCGUCAUCACAAUUUGGAGAGCCACAGAUUCUUCCACCGGACCACAUUUCUUAGAGGAGAAAGAACAGAAUUGAAAACGAAGGAUGAACAACUCAGAGGCCUGGGUUGUCUCUAAGCAGGAAAAAUUAAGGAUUGAAUCCAGUAGAAAACACCAUAGAGCAGAGAGGGAUAGAUAAUCAUACAGGCCUUCCGUUGAUUGAAUCCGCUGCAGCUCAAGAAGAGAAUUCAGUCAGAUGAGAGAGAAGCAUUUCGUAAUUCGUAGUGGUUGCUUCUGCAAAUCGACUGUGAACAUGGAGGAGAGAGAUGAACUGAUGAUGUUAAAGACGGAAUGGAGACGGAGGCGGGAACUAAACCGACGACCAUGAACGACGACUUUGGCAUAGAGUAGAUCUUCGUUGACUUGGAGGAUAUCUUUUGGCAUGGGCUAUUGGGCUGCAUUCCCGUAGCUCGUUUUCUGGGCUCAGCGACGUACCUGCGUUUGUUUUAU